GCCACCCGCCGAACACUUGUUCUACAUUUCCUUCUUUUACUCCCCACCAUUUUCUCUCUCUCUCUCUCUCUCUCUCUCUCACCUCAUCCCCUCCUCUCUUCUGCCCCGAUUAGGGUUUCAUUCCCCUCCCCGUAGGUAGUUCUAGGGUUUUCUUGCCUAUCCCGAUCGAAUCCAUCUCCUCCUCCUCCUCCUCCUCCUCCUCCUCCUCCUCAGCACACCAAUGGCUACGCCCCCUCGAUCUUCCUAGGGUAAGGGUUUGGCGCCUCCCCAGGAAGAGACAAUGGCCGCGGCGGCAUCGUGCGAUCUGCGACGGACCGGCGCCGGGGGAGAAUGAGGGGCCGGCGCCGCGCGGUCGGGAGCGGGGUUAUGGAUCGGAGCUCCUCGGAGGCCCUCGGAUCGUGCCGAUUCCUCCUGCGAUCGGCCGCGCUCGAUCCGUUCUCCGUCGCCUCCGAAGGGUUCUCCGAAGAUUCUCGCCGCAUCGAGAUCGGGCUCCGCUCCGCGACAUUUAGGAGAUAGCGUUUCCCGCCCCUCCUCCUGAUUCUGGUUUUGGUCUCCUUCUUUUCGCCAGAGAAUUUCACCUUCUACUGUGUUGUGUGUGUGUUCUGCUGUAAAUGGAGUCAAACAGAAGCCGACUCUUCAGCGAUUCCGAUGUCUUCGGCGGUGCUGCAGAUACGGUGGAAACCGAUCCGACGGGGCGAUACAUCCGUUACAACGAGGUGAUUGGAAGGGGAGCAUUCAAGACAGUGUAUAGGGGAUUUGAUGAGGUUGAUGGUAUUGAAGUUGCAUGGAACCAAGUCAAAAUAAAUGAGGUGCUGCAGUCACCGGAAAACCUUGAGAGAUUAUAUUCUGAAGUCCAUCUGUUGAAAUCUCUCAAGCAUGAGAAUAUAAUCAAAUUUUAUAAUUCAUGGGUUGAUGAUCAGAAGAAAACGAUUAACAUCAUCACAGAACUAUUCACUUCGGGAAGUCUAAGACAAUAUCGUAAAAAACAUAAACAUGUCGACUUGAAGGCAAUAAAAAACUGGGCAAGGCAGAUCCUUCAAGGUUUGGAGUACCUUCAUGGCCAUAAUCCUCCUAUACUUCAUAGAGAUUUGAAAUGCGACAAUAUUUUUAUUAAUGGAAAUCAUGGAGAAGUUAAAAUUGGAGAUCUUGGGCUGGCUACAGUGAUGCAGCAACCUACUGCCCGAAGUGUUAUUGGUACCCCUGAAUUUAUGGCUCCUGAACUAUAUGAGGAGAACUAUAAUGAACUAGUUGAUAUAUAUUCUUUUGGAAUGUGCAUGUUGGAGAUGGUUACUCGCGAAUAUCCAUAUAGUGAAUGUACAAAUGCAGCUCAAAUUUAUAAGAAAGUCACUUCUGGAACAAAACCUGCUGGACUUGCUAAAGUAUCAGAUCCUCAAGUAAAGCACUUUAUUGAACAAUGUUUGGUUUCUGCCUCUGAGAGAUUGCCUGCUAAGGAUCUUCUGAAAGAUCCAUUUCUUCAGUGUAAUAGUACCAAGGAAUUUACUAGUGCUACAAUUGAACACCCUAUUGUUCCACCAAAAACGGUCGAUGGCCCUUCAGAUUUCUUAUAUAUGGAUAUAGACUCUGAUUACAAGUCUCUUCCAAUUAGCACAGGCACAGAGAAUAGUAAUAUUAGUUCAUACAUGCCGGGAUUGGAGUUGAAACGAGUCUACAACAAUAAUGAGCUCAGUUUGAAAGGGGAGAAAAAAGAUGAUAAUUCGAUCUCAUUAGUCUUGCGUAUUUUUGAGUCACGCGGGCGAGCAAAGAACAUCCAUUUUUUCUUUUACCUGGAUUCUGAUACGGCACUAUCUGUAACUCGUGAAAUGAUGACAGUACUUAAUUUGUCAGAUAUUGAUGUUGUUUUUGUAGCUGAUUUCAUAGAUUAUUUAAUAAGGAAUCUCGUACCUGAAUGGAAACCCUCAACUGAUUAUUCAUCAAGCGGGGCAAUGAGCAUAAAUAAAGAGACUGAACUGGUUGAAAAAUGUGAUGAGACAGUAUCGGACCAAGAUAUUCAGCUCCGAGCAAAGUUGUCGAGACCAAUGGUGGAUUUAGUUGGUAAAAGUAUAAUGUACGAGAAACCAAGCGAAACAACCUCUGAUAUAUAUUAUGAUUCGAAUUAUACUGGCACCAAAGGAGAACGGAAGGGUUCUCAGGGAUCUGAUAUAUCGAUACAAUUGGCAGGAAGUUGUAAAAGCGUAAGUGGAUAUGGUACCGACGUCGACUCGUCUAUUUUGGAUUAUGCUGGUGAUAAAGAAGGGAUGAACAAAACGGGGGAGAAUAUUUUUUUGAGUGGUGAUUCAAAGAUUACGAGGAUGCCUGUUUUCCAUACGGGCGAGAAUUUUAGCGGCUCAAUGUUGCUAAAUGGUUCUUCAGCGCCAUCCAAAAUUGACGAGGAUCAAGACGAGUUAAGGGUGGAGAUUGACUCGAUUGAAGCUCAGUAUAAGCAUUUGUUUAACGAGCUAAAUAGGAUGCGGGAGGAGGCGUUGGAGAGUGCUCGAACGAGAUGGCUACUUAGAAGGGGUGAUGUCUAAUUUAUAAUUAUCAUCCUCUAAUCUAAAUAUUUUAUUUAGAUUUUUUUAAUCUUUUGUUGUUGUUGUUGUUGUUGUCAUUUGUUCUUUAAAUGGUUUUUAAUGGAAGGACUGCACUCUGUAACUAUUGCUAACGUGUUGGUGAAAUAUAUUCCGAUGUCGGCAGCAAUUUGUAUUUUAUAGGCUCUUGGUGGAUUCCAUAUUGUCUUGCACCUGUUUUCUAGGUGAGUUUAUAAUGGUUCAUUGUGAUUAAUUAAA